UUCAGGUGCGGGAGGCUCAAGCCUGCCAAUAUGGGUGCCACCUGCAUUUUCUUCAGGGGUGUGACUGCCCUGGCAGGGUUGUUGCUCCUGUCCUUCGGCAGCUGGGCCACUAAGCAGACCGAGGAUCAAGCAGAACAGUUCUUUAGAAGUGGCCACACAAACAACUGGGCUGUUUUGGUGUGUACAUCCAGAUUCUGGUUUAAUUAUCGACAUGUUGCAAAUACUCUUUCUGUUUAUAGAAGUGUGAAGCGGCUAGGUAUUCCUGACAGUCACAUUGUUCUGAUGCUUGCAGAUGACAUGGCCUGCAACCCCAGGAACCCCAAACCAGCCACAGUAUUUAGUCACAAGAAUAUGGAGCUAAAUGUGUACGGAGACGAUGUGGAAGUAGAUUAUAGAAGUUACGAGGUAACUGUGGAGAAUUUUUUACGGGUAUUAACUGGGAGGAUCCCACCUAGUACUCCUCGGUCAAAACGUCUUCUUUCCGAUGAUAGAAGCAAUAUUCUUAUUUAUAUGACAGGACAUGGUGGAAAUGGUUUCUUGAAAUUUCAAGAUUCUGAAGAAAUUACCAACAUAGAGCUUGCAGAUGCUUUUGAACAAAUGUGGCAGAAAAGACGAUACAAUGAGCUACUGUUUAUUAUUGAUACUUGUCAAGGAGCAUCCAUGUAUGAGCGAUUUUAUUCUCCUAACAUAAUGGCUUUAGCUAGUAGCCAAGUGGGAGAAGAUUCACUCUCGCAUCAACCUGACCCUGCAAUUGGAGUUCACCUUAUGGAUAGAUACACAUUUUAUGUCUUGGAAUUUUUGGAAGAAAUUAAUCCAGCUAGCCAAACUAAUAUGAAUGACCUGUUUCAGGUGUGUCCAAAGAGUCUAUGUGUGUCUACUCCUGGACAUCGCACUGAUCUUUUUCAGAGGGAUCCUAAAAAUGUCCUAAUAACGGAUUUCUUUGGAAGUGUACGGAAAGUGGAAAUUACAACAGAGACUAUUAGUUUGCAGCCGGAUUUAGGAAUCAUGGAAAGCAGCUCUAAGGAAGACUGGAUGGAUGAUGAGAAACUAAUGGAACCCCUGAAAUAUGCUGAACAGCUUCCUGUAGCUCAGAUAAUACACCAGAAACCGAAGCUGAAAGACUGGCACCCUCCUGGGGGUUUUAUUCUGGGGUUGUGGGCACUCAUCAUCAUGGUUUUCUUCAAAACUUACGGGAUCAAGCACAUGAAGUUCAUUUUCUAGAUGGGGCCAUGUACAAGGAAAACUGCAUGGAAGACUACAUACAACCUUGGAUAAAAAUUUAUGUCAUAUCUUUAAAAAUAUAUAUUGAUCUUGUGUGAAUUGGCAAAGAGUAUAAGGAAACUGUAAGUUUGGUGAACUGUUAUUUUUUAACUUAAAAAUAAUUGUUAUCCUUUCACUGUUCCACACCUAAAACAAAAACAAACUAAGAGGACAGCUAGAUCAGGAGCAGAACCAUAGAAAUGGAGAUCACAUGGAGGGUGAGCAACAGGGGAGUGGGAGAAAGAGAAGGGGGGAGAAGGUACAGAGAAUAAGUAGCAUAGAUGGUAGGUAGAAAAUAGGGGGGAGGGCAAGAAUAGUAGGGGAAAUAUAGAAUCUAAAGAACUUGAGACACGCGGUCAUAAAUUAAAGGGAAUGGUGGGGGAGGGGUGUGCAGGGUGGAGGGGAAUGAAGGGGGGAAAUAGAACUGUAAUGGCAUAAUCAAUAAAAUAUAUUUAAAAAUAAAAUAUAAAAAAAUAAUUAAUGCAAGUGCUAAAUGUCAGUAAAUAUAUUUGUUUUUCCUUCAGUGUGUUAUUAAAAAGAUGGUACGAAGAGAUCAGAAUAUACUUAUUGACUCUUUCUGAGAAUAAGAAUUUCGCAUUUACCCCUUUUCAUUUGGGAAAGAAAAAAAAUGUGAAGACAUUAAGUUCUCACCAGCAGCAGAAGUAACUUCUAAUAGUAUUUUUGUGUAUGUUCUCCCAGUUUGCUUUUCUGUGUACUUAUUUUCUUUCUAAAAUAGAGGUUAUAUAAAACAUACCAUUCUGUAACCUCACUUUUCAUCUUACAGCAAGUUAUCAACCCUUUUCCUCUCCUUGGAUAUUCCUGGGGAGCACAUCGGGAAAGGCUGCAGAGCACCUAUUUUAUGCAUGUACUGUAAUUUAUUUAAGUGUUCUUUUGUUGGACCAUGUACCUUGUUCCCCAGAUUUUCCUUUCCUUCAUUAUUUACUGUGUGAAUAUUUUACUGUCAGUCACUAAUGGAAUUCUGUAGCUUUAAGUAUAAGUAAGUAUGAGACAUUAGCUUAUCUAUUGUACUGACAGUCUUUAGGACCUUAUUUGCUGUCAGUUUAUCCGGAAAACUUUAAGACCUUUGGGAAUUUCACGUACUGACUGCUCAAGAGAAACAGACCCUAUCAUUUUAUUUUUCUAAGCAUUCAUUCAUUCUCUGAUCCUCCAGAAUUGAUCACUUUUGCUUUAGUUUCCAUUGUCAAAGAGACAUUUUUUAAAAAUUCUGUUUAGGGUAAACCUUACCCUCUGCUGGAUUCACCAGUUUUUUAAAAAAUAUUUAUUU